AUGAAUAGCAUAUCUUUCGCUGGAAUUCUCAAUGGCAACGCCAAAGAUGUGCAAGCUCUGGCAGAAGCGGCAGCUACUCAGGGAUUCUUCAACUUGGAGCUCGAUUGUAGGGACGCAAAAGUACUGCAAAAAAAUGUGAAGUUUCUUGAAUCAUUUGCAAAGGACAUUCUCGACAGCCCCGAGAGUGUGAAGGCAGCUUACCAUUUUCACCGGACAGGGCGCUUCCGAACCACAGGGUUCAAGCCUCUCGGGAUUGAGGAAGGAGCCAAGCAAGGAAGACCGGAUGGAUUCGAACUCUUCAUGUUACCUCAAAAGGAACUUCUACUUCCGAAGUUCAGAGAGGAACUCAAUUGUCCCCCUUUGGUUAUGUCAAAUGUUGACACACUCACCAACUGCCUCAUAGACUACGAACGAGCAGCUCAGAUGAUAUUGAAGCGACUUACAGAGGGCCUCGGACUUGGUAAUGAACUGUUAAACGCACAUGACCCUUCUUUACCUUCAGUCACGAAUAUGGGGUUCAUCAAGUAUCCACCUCAACCCAAGGAGUCUGGGAAUUUUGGGCAUAUUGCUCAUACGGAUGUUGGAAGCUUGACCAUCCUGUCGGCAACCGAGAGAGGACUACAGACUCUCGACAACAACACUAAGAAAUGGAUAUGGGUUGAUCCCAACGAUCAAUGCUUGUUUGUACAGCUGGGAGAUUCACUAAAAUUCCUUUCUCGAGGCAAAAUCCUGCCCUCGCUUCAUAGGGUCGUGCCUAGUGAUGUCGCACCUCAGGCAACGAAGUAUACAGUUGCGUACUUUGUACGCGCAAACGAGGAGGCUGAAAUCACUUCUGAUGAUGGAAAAGUAUGGCUUUAUAAGGAUUAUCACUGUAGAAAGUUUGAUGCCUUUGCACGACCAUUGGGCUAUAGACCAGACGGAGAAGAGUCACUGAUUUCAUUGCGUGACUACGAACGAAUGGAAUAG